CAUGUGCUUUUAUUUAACUAAAAAUGCAAUUUUAUUCCCACGAUUUUCAAUUUCUGGCAAAAUCACCCUUAAAACAGUCUUAUUUACAUUUCCUUUUCACUACCUUUGCACUUAAACCGAAAGCUUUUUAGUUGAGCUCAACUUAGGGUUAACAGUUACUUCAAUAGAAGAUUUGUGGUUGUAAUUUUUUUAUAUUUUGGAAGUAAACAACAGUAGGAAAGCAAAAUAAAGAGUGUAAAAUUAAAGUAAUAAUGUAUAAAAAAAAGACUGAACAAGUUGCUCACAAAUGUGUGGUUCGCCUUUUCGACGAUUCUGAUGUCCUUGACUAUGAGUUUUUGGAGAAACACAAAGGAGAUUAUCUCAUUGACCAGCUAUGCAAACAAUUAAAUAUAAAGGAGAAGGACUAUUUUGGUUUGCGAUUCAUCGAUUCAGCGAAACAAAGGCAAUGGUUAGAUUUAGGAAAGCCUAUAAUUAAGCAAUGCAAAGAACCAAUAAUCUUCACGUUUCGAGUAAAAUUUUAUCCAGCCAACCCAUUUCGCCUGAAUGCAAAUGUCCGAAUUUUGUUGUAUAAGCAAUUGAAGCGCGAUUUAAGCCAUGGUCGCCUUUAUUGUUCAUGCGAUGAGAUUGUGAUGUUGGGAGUCCUAAUUGUUCAAGAAAAAUUCGGAGACUAUAAUGAAGGAAUGCACACUGACGAUUACGUAUCUAAUAUACAGUUUUCGGCUCGGCAAACCGACACAAUCGAAAAGAAAAUCAUCGCAAGGCAUAAAGAACGUAAACCUGGACAAGAUCCAUUAGCGGUCAUAAACGAGUUUUUGGGUAUAGCGUGCCGUCUGGAAGCAUAUGGUAUUGAACCGCAUUGUGUUAAGGAUCACAAUGGUACACAAAUGUAUAUAGGAAUCAACUUUUUCGGUGUGAGCACAUUUAUUGCUGGCAAGCGAUCACAACAUUUCCGGUGGAGUGAAAUAAGAAAAUUGAGUUUCGAAGGCAGAAUGUUCAUUGCGCAUUUAAGCUAUACCGAUGCAAGCAGAGAAGUUAAAAAAUAUACAAUUGGAUUUAAAUGCGCAACGGGAGCGGCAUGUAGGUACCUAUGGAGAUGUGCAAUUGAACAUAUGCUCUUUUUUACGCUUCCUAAUUGCCGUAAUGCCCGCGUUAAAUACCGUGGCGGAAUAUUCUCCCGAGGUGCUAAAUUUAAAUACACUGGCCGUACCGAGCGAGAAAUUUUAUCUGAAGUCAUCCAUUCAUCGAGCUUUCCAUCCGAAGACAAUAAAUUAGCAGCUGAUAAGAAGUCCAACAGUGUUCCAGUAACUCCAUCUAGUCCAAAUGGUGCAUCAACGCAUAUUAGAUACAACAGUUUGCCUCGAACAGGAAUACCCUGUGCUGAUACGGACACUUAUGAUCUCAACCACUUUUUAAUGGAUUUCACAGAUGUUCCGGAAAUGGAAAAUGAUUAUGUAAUACCAACGCAAUUACUCCGAAAUUUCUGCAGUAACGAAGCGCAAACUGAAUUUACCCACGAUAAGGCAAUGAUACCGUUACCAACUUCUAUACCUCACAACGCUAGUUCUUUUAGUAACGUGCUAACAAAAUCAGCUAUGAAUACAAACACUGACCGAUCUUAUAAGGCUAUGAACAGAAAAAAUCUUCGCAAGUUUCGCAUACUACGAUAUUUCUUUCCUUCCCUAGUUUUCGUAAUAUUAUUUAUGAUACUGUUAGCUUUUACCAUUUUUGAAUCAAAAAUAGAAAUUUUUAACUUCAUCCGAAACGCACCUGAGAUUAUCAUUUUACGGGAUGAAUAUUAUGAACCUUUAAAAAAAAUGUUCAGUAAAGUAGUAAUUUACAAUUAAAAAAAAUAACACGGUUAAAAUUAGUGAGAAAUAAAUACUUCCAUAAGGCAUGAGCAUUUAAUAUUUAUUCAUCCUAUUUAAUUACUAAGCACUACUCGCCAUUAAUAGCAUAAAUACAUAUGUUUAUACGAGUAUAUGACAGCUUCCGAAAUAAAUUUAAAAAAAUCCUCUUCGAUAUAAAUACAUAUGUAUAUAUUUUUAACUGCAUUAUUGAGAGGUAAGUUACCAACUGUCAUACACUACAUUCACUAAAACCAAUCAGAGGCAAGAACAUUUUUUGCUUGUUUAAAACUAUUUGAAAAGAGGAAGUCGGAGAAGUCAAUAGUUCUCGAAUGGAUAUCGAAUGGUUCAACCAACAUCCAAAAUUUUAGUAAAUUAGCCUUUCAAAUUGCGGUCGCUCCUAAGCAGGGGGUUUCAACAUCUCAUAAAAAAACAUCACAUUAAUAAGAAACAUUAAAACUUGGUGCCGUAUCAACCAAUAGUUGCGUAAAGUUUCCUCAAACGCUUUCAUACCUGAAGCAAUUUCGUCAGUAAAUGCUACGGCAAAACUUCCAAAUACAAUGAGCACGUUUAUAUGUAUGUGACAGUGGAA